AUGAAAAAUAUUGAAAAUUCUGAAAAUUUCGUUCAUUUCGAAGAAAUUUUUAAGCCAGUACCAAAAGAUAAGUUUAUUCAUUUUAUUGUCUUUACAAAUCUUUGUGAAAAAUUCUCAAGAAGUCAUAAUAUCUCUUUUGACUUAAUUUCCCCAUCAAAAAUUAAAAAAUCAGUACACAUAGAUGGGCUUGCUAUCUCUCAACUAAAUGUUGAGGACAUUGGCCUUCAAAUUCAAGCUUUAGUCCAAAGAUUAGAAUUUAAUAAUUUUGCUUUAAAUGCUCACACUCAUAUCUUGACUCCUCCUCUAAUAGAAGUUACUCCACAGUCAGUUAAGCGAUCUUCUUUGAGGAAAGGAACAAGUUUUACAUUUAAUAUUUCAUUAUCAAAAACUACGACCAAUUUUACAGAAUUCCCUAUUCAAAUAAUCUGUGAAUACGAUGUGCCAAUCGGAUGGAAUCGCUGCAUCCACAAAAUCUACGUUUCUUCAAGGUUAUUCAGAUCAUCUUCUGAUUUUUACUCAAUUUUAUCUUCUGCGAGGCCAGAAUACACUGCAUAUAAUUUCCUCAACCAAGAGAACCUCCAGAAGCUCUUUAAUUUGUACAAUUCCAAAAUUGUAAAUUCUCUUCCAGGAGAGAACAUAAUUGACCCUUUCUUUACUCUUCUUCCUUCCAUGAGGUGGUACAUUCGUUUCUUUUUGUUCGGCCAAAAAAAUCGGUACCAUUCUGCAAUAACAAGUCCAAAUAACUUAAUUGCAGUUCACUUUCCACAGAUAUCGUUUUGGUCGGACGAAAAUACGGUUUCUUCUGAAAUUGUUGACUCUAUUUCAUUUACAGAGGAAAUUGUAGGAAAACCAGCAAUAAUUGUAGUUGAUCAUGACUAUAAGAUUGAGAUAUAUUCUAAUACAACCAUAAAUCCUCAAUCUGGCGUUGAUAAUUACAUUCAAGAGAAAAUCAUCUCAAGAUUCCCUGUUCCAAGGUUGACAAUUAGCCCAAUGGAGAAAUUCGGAAAGUUUAUUAUUCCAGAAGAAAAAUUGGCUGAGUUAGUCCCUAAUCUUUUCAAAUAA